AUGGACCCCGAAACCUCCACUGCUGUACACUACCGGCUAAAGGAAACCCAAAUCAGACGCGAAUGGGUAGAUGAAAAUGUCUGCAAUUGCCCUCCGAACGAACACGUACCGCUCGACCGGUGGCCGAAAAACCAUGCCCAGAUUAAAUUGGAAAACCUCAGCGCCGAGGUGCGGAAGCACAUCAACCGUUCUCAUAUUAUAAUGCGGGAGUAUGCAGGAUUGGAGGUUGAACGAUGGCACUGGGGAUACGACAUCUUCCAAACAGCUCCCGAGCCUCUCCAUUCUGCUACUGCCGAAGAUGAGAACAAAGAUCUACCAGAGACCCAAAGGGUUGUUACCCGAGCUGCCAAACGAGCUCGCCUACACGAAGAAUCCGAAACGAAUCGCGAAAAACUCACCAUGGAAUAUCUCCGAGUGCGUGAAAAGCAUGCCCUUGAAUUUUCCCGAGCAUGUGAGGAUCGUGUCUGGAAAUAUGCCCGGGAGCGCGAGGACCUUACCGGAAGAUAUCUCAGAGGAUGUGAGGAUCGUGCCCUUGUCUAUACCAGCGAGCGUGUGGAACUUGAGAGAGAGAACAGCACGCAGAGACUGCUAUUGCUGGGGAAGCUUACGUUGAGGAUAACACUGGCGAUGAGAAGAGCUGUGGAAAGAAGAAAAUUGCAGUGGUACUUAGUUGCAAGCGCCGAGGUUCUUCAGGGCUCUGAAGGUGGUUAG